GAUAAGAUUUCUUUCGUGUGUUUGAUAUUCGAUCUCAAAGAAAACAAAGUCUGAUCCAAGAGUUUUCUUCUACGAUCACCAAAGUGUGAGAAAGAAAAAAAAAAAAAGAGAGAAAGAGAAAAUAAUAAACGAAACGGAUAAUAAUUCCAUACGGAGCGAAUUCUGAAACAAGAUAAGAUACAUACAUUUGAUGGCACUCAGAGAGGGGACUAUUAUAUUUUGACAAUAACCAGAAAGAAAAACGUGACAAUACUGGCAUCUCUAAAAGUGACACAAGUGAAAGAUCCGGCGUCUCGAUGUUGGAGUGUGCUAAUGUUAUAUAAUAGCAUGCAGUUCGCAUAUCGCUACACGUGGAAUCGCGAGAUCAUUGUCAACUCUCAAAAACUCGUGAAAAGACGUUGAAUCGGUGAAGAUUUUGGUGUGACUUUAGUAUAUGUCCUAUGUAUUUGAACGAUUAAUUACUUUUAAUUUAAAAAUACGUCGUCGUCGUCGUCGUCGUCGUUUAUUCGACGAGACUACGUCGUCGUGCGAUAAACAUUGAUUUACUUUUAAUUAUAUAAAUUACUACCAUAUAUAUAUAUAUAAAAAAAAAAUAUAUAAUAUAUAUCGCAUAUAUAACAUUUAUAUAAAAGUAUAUAUAUAAACACGUGUAUAUAUUUAUUAUAUAUAUAUAUAUACGCACAAACACAUACGUAUACUUUCUAUCGCUGUCAAACAAAAACAUUCACGCGGAGAUCUCGUUGCCGUGGCUCAAUUAUAAUGGCUGCUAUAUGUUACACGGAACCUUUCUCGGAUUGGCUGGAGGAUAAAAUUGAUGUGCCAAUAUUCGAAGAAUUGCCAGCACCGGAGUGUGGUCAAAACAAACCAGUCGUAUAUCCGAUUAUAGUAAAGAAUCAUGAACAACAGCACGAUAACACUCAAACAUUGUUGGAAGAAUUCGAAACUGUUUUGGAAGAUGUUGAGGCUUGCCAUCAAAUUAUCCCUUCGUCAGUUUCAACGCUCACCCCACCUCAAUCACCUCCACCAAAUAAAUCAUUGGCCAUUGAUACACAAUUGCUCGUUACCUUGCAACCGGUGAUGCAAACGGUCCAACCUAUAAUAUCGAGUCAACAGCCUGUAUAUAAUAUCAUAGUACCUCAAGAAAAGCAGCCUGAUGCCUAUCAGACCGAAGUAUGUAUAUCGGAACAAUGGAAUACUGAGAAUAUGUCAUUGGAUCCACUUGGAGGAGAUGUCGCCAAUGAUCUAGCGGUCGUAGAUGAAUAUGUACGAUCCCAUACAGAGGACAUACCACCACCGUACAGUCCAUGUACCAGUCCAAGUGGUAGUUGCGCUUCUUCCGAAGAUUCCACGGAUGAUCCAGACUGGAUCGCUGAAACAUCCUGCAGUAACAGGAAGCAAUCGAGUUACAUCAAUAAUAAAAAUCGGCAUAAACCGUACUCUCGUCCCUCGGUCGAGGACAAAAAAGUACGGAAAAAGGAACAGAAUAAAAAUGCGGCAACGCGAUACAGGCAAAAGAAAAAACAAGAGAUUAAGGAUAUUUUAGGUGAGGAGCGUGAACUCACUGAGUAUAAUGAAAAAUUACAAUGUCAAGUGAAGGAUCUACAGCGGGAAAUCGGAUAUUUAAAAGGAUUAAUGAGAGAUUUGUUUAAAGCCAAGGGUCUUAUAAAGUAAUCAUUUUGUUUCCUCUCUUUCUCUCUCUCUCUCUCUCUCUCUCUCUCUCUCUUUCAUCAUUUUUUUACAAUAUCUUUUUGUUUAUAUAAUCACAUUUAUUGAAUUCAUUAACUAUAUAUUUGUCGACACAUUACUCACUUUACAAUGCCACUACUAAUACAAUAACAUUAUACUUAUAUUAUCAAUUGUUAUAUAUAUAUAUAUAUAUUUUUUUUUUUUUGUUUUAUUUUGAUCAUCUACAUUCUACUUUCUUAAACGUUUAAUGUAGAAUCUAUCACAGCUUUUGUGGAACUACAGGACUCUGUCGUCUUGUAAUUUAUAAAAUGUAUAACCAUCUCCUAAUUUUAUACUUAUGGUCCGUUAAGAUUAGCAAAUGUGACGCCAUUAGAUAAAAUACGAAGGAUUUAUUCGAUAAGCAGCCCUAUGAAGUUCUCACGAGCGGAAAUCUGCUGUUAUCGAAUAUCCUGGAAGUUUUGUAUACGAUGGUGUCUCAUAGAUAUGCGAAUCUUUUCAUUCCAAAUAAUUUUUAACCCAAUCGAUUUUAUCAUAUUUUCUUACAGAAAAUAUUACGUUUAGAAAGAAAAAAAAACAAUAAAUGGGUUAUUAUAUAAAUGA